AUAAUUCUGUGUGACUUGACUCUCUGGAGACGCUCAUUUCCAGUCCACGCCCGCCCCGCCUGCUGGAUCGGUUUCUCCCUCUACAGCAGCUCAGUUUGCCAGCCUGGACGUCGGAUCACCGCCGCUAGUCUACUGCAACAGAUGUCUGAGAGCUAGCCAGCUGAGUAGAGGACUUCCCUCUCUGCCUGUGCUCUCCACCUGCAGCCAUGAAUGAUAGACACUGGGAGAAAGCAAUUCAGAAACACAACAUCAGUAUGUGAUGAGUUUCUCCAUGGAAACAUACUGUAUGGGAGGCUGAGCUCUUUGCGCUAUUGCACAGUGAACACAGUGAAUCUGAAAUGAGGCGGAGCCAGUGUGUGGGCCAUCGCUCCAGAGGAGAGGGGGAAACACGACAAACAGUUUGACACCCUCGCCCCAGUCCUCGGCUAUGUCUCAGGAGAACAAGCCAGGAAAUUCUUCCUCCAGUCUGGCCUGCCUGCCUCUGUCCUGGCUGAGAUCUGGAACCUAGCUGACAUGGACAGCGAUGGGAAGAUGGACAGACUGGAGUUCUCCAUCGCUAUGAAGCUCAUUAAACUCAAACUUCAGGGGCGGAACUUACCUUCUUCCCUGCCAAUCAUCAUGAAGCAACCUCCCGUCUCCAAUUCUGCUCCAACCAUACCUACAUCAGCACGCUUUGGAAUGGGUUCUAUGCCAAACCUGUCAGUUGGUCUGUCAUCCAUGUCAGCUAUGUCAGCCAUGCCCAUCCUAACACCCAUCCCAGCUAACCCCCACAUGCACCAACCCUUGGUGCCAACGGCAAUGACUCUGCCCCUCAUCACCUCCCUGGGAAGCUCUGGACUCCCCAAUGGCAAUGUCAGCCUCCUCACCCCACCUCUUGUUCCCAACAAUGCAGGGCUCCCUCUCUCUGGCUUCUCCUCUCCUAUGACAUUCUCUCCAUCCACUGCCAUGUCUAAGGCCAACUCUCUCCUGGACCUUGGAUCCAGCAGCUCAAAUUCUUCCUCCACCACGUCGUUGGCCAGUAACUCUCCGAAGACAGGUGCAAGUGAUUGGGCCGUUCCACAGGCUUCCAGACUCAAGUACCGUCAGCAGUUCAACACGCUAGACAAGCUCAUGAGUGGCUACUUGUCAGGACCUCAGGUUAGAAAUGCACUGAUGGCAUCCAACCUGACCCAGACUCAGCUAGCUACCAUCUGGACCUUGGCAGAUGUGGAUAAGGAUGGUCAGCUACAAGGUGAUGAGUUCAUUCUGGCCAUGCACCUGGUGGACAUGGCUAAAGCUGGCCGACCUCUACCCCUCACACUGCCUCAAGACCUGGUACCUCCCUCUCUCAGAGGAGGAAUCAAGUCCAGUGAGCUUGUUAAUGGAACGGGGCCUUACAUAACUCCCUGUUUAAUAGACACAACAGAGAUAGAACCUGCACAAAAGACCAAGAGCAGUGUGUCCUUUGAGGACAAGCUGAAGGAGAACUUUGCACGAGGCAGCGCCGAGCUGGAAAAACGGCGACUGGCUCUGGAGGAAGUGCAGAGAAAGGAGAGGGAGAGGAGAGAGAGAGAGGAAAGGGAGGCUCAGGAAAGGAGGGAGAAGGAGGCCAGGGAGCAGGAAAACCGGAGGAGGCUGGAGGAGGAGAAGCGGUUGGAGAGGCAGAGAGAGAUGGAGAGACAGAGGGAGGAGGAGAAGAUGAGAGAGCUGGAGAGGAAGGAGGCGGCGAAGCAGGAGAUGGAGCGCCAGCGGAGGGAGGAGUGGGAGCGUGGGAAGAAAGAGGAGCUGGGCAGGAGGAGAGAGGGGGAGCAGGAAGAGAUCUCCCUACUCAGGGCCAAAAAGAAGAGUCUAGAGUUGGAGCUGGAGGCUGUGGGCAACAAGCACAAGCAGAUCUCAAACUGUCUCCGUGACGCUCAGAGCAAGAGGCGGAUUCUGAAGGCAGAGGUGGACCUUGUCAAUCAGAAGAGGGACACACGCAUCACAGAGAUCAACACAUUGCAGCUUCAGUUUGAGGACUGGCAGAGGAAGCUCUCACAGCUGGUCCCAGAACAACAGAGGCUGACUGAGAAGCUGCGAAACAUCAGCCUCAACAAACUCCCCUCGGUGGCUUUGACCUCUCUGAACAGUAGCGUGACGGAGAAAGGUGUGAAUUGCCGGAGGCUGAAGGACCAGCUUGACACUCUGGAGAGGGAGACCACAGACAAACUGGCCCAGAUGGAGCAGUACAACAAGGAGCUUAAGCUUGGGGAUAUGGAUGACUGUGUCCUGCGGGGCCUUCUGUCACUGCUGGCCUGCCUCAGCCAGCUCUUCCUUCUUAUCAAGGAGUUGAGGGAGAAGCAGGUGAGGCAGCAGGCUGUCUUGGACAACCUGUACAAAGUCAAAGCAGAGAAAGUGAGGGAGCUGCAGAGACGCAGGGAGGAGGAGAUAGAGAGGCAGAGGAGGGAGGAAGAGGAGGCAGUCAGACAGGCAAAACUAGAGGAAGAGAGAAGAGCGCAGGAGAAAAGGGAGAAGGAGGAAGAGGAGGCGCGUCAAAGGAGACUCCUGGAGGAGCAAAGGGCCAGCCUCCAAGCAGCCCAGGAGAAAGCUCAGGAAGAGGAGAGAAGAAGAAGAGAGGAGGAGGAGGAGGAGGGGAAGAGGGAGGAGGAGGAAGAAAGGAAACGGAAAGAGGAGGAGGAAGAGGAGGAGAGGAGGAGGAAAGAAGAGCAGGAAAGAGGAGGGCAGCAGCCGGUAUUGGUAGCUCAGCGAUCCUCCAAGCUGACCACGUAUAGAGCUCUGUACUCGUUUGUUGCCCGAAACACAGAUGAGCUGGGUAUAGACGCAGACUGCCUUAUAGAGGUGGAUGAGCAGACUGUCGGUGAGCCUGGCUGGUUGUGCGGGAGUUACUGUGGAAACAGGGGCUGGUUCCCCCAGAGUUACGCUGAGAAAUGUCCUCCUAACCCGUCUACUACGGAGACUGCCCCUUCUUCACCUGGAAAAACGUCCUGUCCACCACCACCACUUAACACAGGAGUCCCAGAUGGGGAGGUAACGGCUGACAGCACUGUUCCUGCCCAGUCAGAUGUUUCACUGCCCUCGGCCCCUCUGCUGGCCCGAGCCGUCUCCUCGUGGUCAGCCACCUCAGAAACUCACCUCAGCCUCUCCUCCGGUGUGGGUGACGUCAUCACUGCGCUGCUGAACUUCUCACAGGGUGACAUCAUCAGCGUGCUGCAGCAGAGGGAAGACUGGUGGCUGGGACAGCUCAACGGAACACAAGGAUGGUUCCCCAAAGGCUAUGUCACCUUGGAGACAGGUGGCAAUGCAGAUGUGGAUGCAUUUGACACAUCUGACUCUGUUCAGCUAGAGGAGUACGUGGCCUUGUACACGUAUGAGAGCCCAGAGGUGGGGGACCUGACGUUUGUUGAGGGAGAUGUUGUCAUGGUGACAGAGAGAGAAGGAGAAUGGUGGCGAGGAUGCAUUGGGGAUCAGACAGGGGUGUUCCCUUCCAACUAUGUACGACCUGUUGAACCAGAGGCGACAAAACCUGGAGCUCCAACUAAAAAGCCUGAGAUCGCCCAGGCAGUCACCACCUCCGUCCCCCCAACGUUGCAUCAGCUGCGUUUGUCUCCAGGGCAACUGAUUGUGGUCCUGGCCAAGAACUCCACUGGCUGGUGGCUCGGGGAACUGCAGGCUCGAGGUAAGAAGCGGCAGAGAGGCUGGUUUCAUUCCUCUCACGUCAAGCUCCUCGGUCCCUCCAGCAGCAAGUCCACCCCCUCCCCUCUGCCAGUGUGCCAAGUUAUUGCAAUGUACGACUACACUGCUGCCAAUCGGGAUGAGCUGAGCUUCUCCAAGGGUCAGCUGAUCAACAUCCUGGACAAGACCAACCCUGACUGGUGGAAAGGAGACGCCAAUGGGGUCAUAGGCUUGCUGCCCACUAAUUAUGUCAAGAUGACAACAGAAUCAGACCCCAGCCAGCAAUGUACAGUAGAUUCCUUAUCCAUGUCUGAGCAUGGAGAGACUGACGGGUGUGCUGACCUGAUGACGUUGGACACCAUGACCCCUCAGGAGAGGAAGAGACAGGGUUACAUCCAUGAGCUCAUCCAGACUGAGGAGACCUACGUGGAAGACCUGGAGCUGGUUCUAGAGGUCUUCUACAAGCCAAUGUCUGAGUCAGGCCGUCUAACAGAAGCUGAGAUGGGAGUGAUCUUUGUUAACUGGAGAGAGCUGAUUAUGUGUAACACCAAACUGCUCAAGGCGCUGCGAGUCCGUAAAAAGACAGGAGGAGAGAACAUGCCCGUUCAGCUGAUAGGGGACCUGUUGGCUUCGGAGCUUGCACACAUGCAGCCUUACAUUCGCUUCUGCUCCUGCCAGCUCAACGCCGCUGCCCUGCUGCAGAGCAAAACCCACAACCAGCCUGACUUUAAAGACUUCCUCAAGAAGAUAGCCACUAACUACCGCUGCAAAGGAAUGCCGCUGUCCAGCUUCCUCCUCAAGCCCAUGCAGAGGAUCACACGCUACCCCCUGCUCAUAAAGAAUAUCCUGGAGCACACCCCAGAUGGUCAUGCAGACCGCAGCCCACUGAGAGAAGCUCUGGAGCGAGCCGAGGAACUGUGCUCUCAGGUCAAUGAGGGAGUCAGGGAGAAGGAGAACUCAGACAGGCUGGAGUGGAUACAGAGCCACGUCCAGUGUGAGGGACCUAUAGAGCACUUGGUCUUCAACUCGCUGACUAAUUGCCUCGGGCCUCGCAAGCUGCUCCACAGCGGUCGGCUUCACAAAACCAAAAGCAGCAGGGAGCUGUGGGCUUUCCUCUUCAAUGAUUUCCUCCUCCUAACACACAGCGCAAAACCCUUCUCCUCCUCGGGACCAGACAAGCUAUUCAGCUUCAAGACCAACAUACAGCUGAAGAUGUACAAAACACCACUGUUUCUAAAUGAGGUUUUAGUGAAAAUGCCACCCGACCCGUCCAGCGACGAGCCACUCUUCCACGUCUCGCACAUCGAUCGUGUCUACACACUCAAAACUGAGACCUUGAACGAAAGGACAACGUGGGUCCAGAAAAUCAAAGCAGCAUCUGAACAUUUCAUAGAGACGGAGAAGAAAAAGAGAGAGAAGGCUUACCAAGCACGUUCCCUAAAGUCCAGCGGUAUCGGCCGACUGCUGGUAACUGUCACUGAAGCCCAGGAGCUCAAAGCCUGUAAACCCAAUGGUAAGAGUAAUCCGUACUGUGAGCUGACGAUGGGGGCUCAGUGCUACACCUCCCGACCGAUCAGCGACACUCUGAACCCAAAGUGGAACUUCAACUGCCAGUUCUUUAUCAAAGACCUCUACCAGGACGUCUUGUGUAUCACUGUGUUUGAGAAAGACCAGUUCUCACCAGAUGAUUUCCUGGGUCGCACUGAAGUUCCUGUGGCAACUAUAAAGAAAGAGAUGGAGAGCAAAGGUGCUGCAAACCGUCGCCUGCUACUGCACGAGGUCCCUACUGGAGAAGUUUGGGUCAAACUAGAUCUACAGCUUUAUGAGCCAACCAAAUGAGAACAAGACACACCACUUAAUUUUAUAGUAAUUGAGAGAAGACAUUUUGCAUAAGCAUAAACAGCCACACACACCUAAAAGUGCCUAUUUGUAACAGUGCAAGUGUUGGCAUGAAAAACUCUCGAUUUUACCGCCACUGCCUUGUCCUGCUCUGAGCCACUCAGACCCAUUUAAGUGACCUCAAACAGAACUGGAAAGAGACCUUGCCAAAAAUGUAGAAUGACAAACUGAUGAAAUGUCCUCAGAAGUAGUUAUGUGUUGUGGAAAAAGGUGUUCUUGUUACCAACAAACUAGCUAAAAUGUGAAUAUAAUCGCCAAUAUUUUCACUUGGAAAUGUAAUUAUACAAACAUGCCUUAAAAUGUAUCAAGUUAGAUUUGCUAAGUGGUAGAGUUUUGUAAAACUCAUAUUUACAAAUUAAUAUAAAAUACUAUUUUACUCUUAAUGGAGGAAAACAGCCUGUCCAACAUGUCUUCAUUUGUUUAUAUGAAGACAUACUUCACAUACCCUGUUAUACAGUUGCACACUGCCACACAUCCUUAUUAAAUGUUGCACACUACUGUACAAUGUAAUGUCAGUGAUUAACCAUAUGGUGUAACUAUAGGGUUUUAUGUUAAGUAUGCCAUUAAAUCCUGAAAAUGGCAUGAAUAAAAUGUACAUACAGUA